UGAGUCAGUGAGGGAAUCACCAACAUAAUCUACAAAAGAAAUUAUAUCAAAGAGAACAGAAAUGUGUAAACAGUCUACAGGUUUGUCACCACGAUCAGAGGAAGCUUGUGUGCAAAACCCAGAUAUGAUCACUCUCUCUGUUACGCUUUCAAAGCAGAUAUAUAAAAGGUCUAAUAGUGUAAUUACUUGCAAGGGUGAGCUCGACCAACAUGAAUAUGUUCAGUUACGACAAAGUAUAUCAAAAAUGAAAUCAAGUACGUCGCGAAUUCAUCUGAAAUUGAUGCGACAGACGAACACUAAUAUAGAGGUUUUUCAAUCUGCAAUGAAGACAGAAUUAUUCGACAGCAACGCAAAGCCGGGAAUUACGACGAACUUGCAAGAAGAACUUAACACAAUCAAAGAAACAUUAGACGAAGUGGAAACAUUAAUAGAUGUCCAGUCGGAAAGGAAAGAAAACGUUUGUACAAAAUUUCAUAAUUACUUGAAAUUUGAAGUAGAAACCAAUAAAGAGUCAUCUAAACGUUCCAAAGGUCUGUUCGACUUGUUAGACUACUUAUUCAUGCUUCAAUGGAUACCAAAGCAGUAUCUAAAUAUAUUGCCAGUGACUUUGAAUACUUAUUUUGAUAGCUUGUCCUCUGGUAGUGCAAUAUCUACGGACGAAUCCAUGUCAAAUAGUCUUCUACGACUUCAUUCAUUUAACAAUUUUCCUCGAUCAGUAGACAUUUUUGUAAGUAAUCUAUCUAAAGCAGGAUUUUAUUUCACAGGAAACGAUGAUAACGUACAGUGUUACGCAUGUGGAAUAACAUACCGGAACUGGAAACGUGGCGAUAAUCCAUUAGAAAUACACAGACGACUCUCACCCUCAUGUCCACAUCUUCGUAACUGUAAUAUUGUUACAAAUGGACAGCAACAUAUGACUUCUGGGGAUGCAAGAUUGAGUAAUAUACCAACACAAUCUGUUUCCAUACCAAGCAUAAAUUUACAACAAUCUAUAGGAAAACAACAAAGUGGUGGUUUGUCUGAUGACCGAACUUUAAGCCACAAAACACAAAAUUCUACAAUUAAUUCAAACGGAGCAACAGGUCACAAUCAACUAAUUGGAAAUGAUACUAUCAAAUAUGUGGAACAGAAACCAAGCAGGAAUGCAGUCAAUACCAAUUUGGAACAUACAGAAAACAAAAAAGACACAUACUUAGAACCGGAAGUGAAUAACACACUUAGACAUGGAGCAUGUGGCUGUUAUGAAUCAACAAGUUCAAGCCGAAUAAGUAAUAAUGACACUUCUUCAUUUGGUAUUGGUUUCGAUAAUCCCAGAUACCCGAAUUACGCUGCUUUACAAGUGAGAAUCAGCUCUUUUCAGGGAUGGCCUUCCUAUUUAGACCAGACACCAAAACAAAUGGCAACAGCUGGUUUCCUGUUUGCUGGUUACCAGGACUACACCAGAUGUUUCUUCUGUGGCGGUGGACUUAGAAAUUGGGAAGCCGGUGAUGAUCCAUGGGUGGAACAUGCUAGAUGGUUUCCGAAGUGCACUUACCUACGUCAGAACAAGGGUGAAAGAUUUAUAAAAGCCGUCCAAGAAAAACAUGAACAACUGAACAAAGAAGAAAGUAAGAAAAGUGACCAAAUAACAUCCUUUCAAACGACAGAAACAACUCAAAAUGUCCCCCAUUUACAUUCAAACAGCAAUCCACAACAAAGUAGCAGUACUAGCUAUCUUGAUACAGCAGCAGCAAGGAGUGUCUUAGAGAUGGGAUACACGCAAGAACAGGUGCUUCGAGUUAUCCAGCAAUUGUUACCGGAUAAACCAGGUGGAACGUUCACAGCAACUGAUAUCAUGACGGUUUUACUAGAGAAUGAUCAACAGAACAGUUCUGCUGACUCAGCUAAUGUAGUUCGUAACGAUACAUCCACUAAUGACUUGUCACUUAAUGCAACCACACAAGAAAAUGAUAUACCUGAACCCCUUAUUAAUGAUUUGAGUGAAUCAAAUUUGGACGAUGCGGAGUUAUUAGUUGAAGAAAAUAGACAGUUACGAGAUCAACGCCUUUGUAAAAUAUGUUUGGAGUUCGAUGCCACUAUAGCUUUCCUCCCUUGUGGACAUUUAGUUAGUUGUUCCGACUGCGCACCAGCUUUGCGGAAGUGUCCAAUAUGUAGGGCUUUUGUUAAAGGCACAGUGAAGACAUUCCUGGUCUAAGAUGGUUUCCAUUUAGCAGACGCCACCUUUUUCAUAAAGCAUUCAAUGUAUAUUGCCAGUACAUUAGCAGUAAACAUCCUAAAGUAUAACACCCGAGAUAGGAAAUGGUCCUAUCCAACAACAAUGCAUGUGUUUCAGUACAAAUAUCCAAUGCCUAAGUAUAAGAAGAUUACGAAAAGUGGGAGCCCAUCAAAACAGAAAAAAUCAAACAAAACCAAAGUUGAGCGUCACAAUUGCAAGAAUUCAGAUUGAAGAGAUGAAAUGAUACCAUAAAGCAAUGUGGUCGGUUACAGAUAGCUAAUGGAAAAGAUGAUCUUCAUGUCAUAAUAUAAACAAAUAACAUAAAAACGAAAACAACAUUUUUGUGAAUCGAUACACGUGACAUAACUAUCGUUAUUUGAUUUAACUAUAUAAAAAUAAGAAGAGAUGGUAUUUCCAAUAAGACAUCUCUCCACCUCUCAACAAUAGAAAGAAUAACACAGAAAUUAACAGCUUUAAGGCUAUCAGCAAUAAGUUUAACUCAUAAUGAGAGUCAGCUCUGGUUGGCAUAGAAAUGACUAAUGUAAAACAAUUCAAACGAGAAAACUAACAGCCUGUUUUAUGUACAGAAUAAUGAACGAAAAACAUAUAUGAUAUUCAGCAUCAAACGACAACCACUACAGUCUAACAAAAAGUUAUACAAAUAUAUUUGUCAGCAUUAAUAAACAGAUAUAUAUAUAUAUAUUUGGAUAACCAAAAUUUACAUUGAAACUGGGAGCGUUAGAACCAAGCUUUUAUUUAUAAAUAUGAACAUUGUCUUAAGCAACGACCUAUUAAAAUUUUUUAAACAUUUUUAUACAUAUUUACCGUUUUGUUACCUCCCCUUUACCAUCGACUUUCAUAAGAGUUAUACUAUCAGACCUCAUUUUAAUUUAUUAUAAUAUAGUGUUUGAUUUACAUUUUUAUACAUAUUUACUGUUUUGUUACCUCCCCAUUACCCUGUACUUUCUUAAGAGUCUUAUUAUCAGACUUCAUUAUAAUUUAUUAUUAUAUAGCGUUUGUCUGCACUUGUUGUUAGUCGGUCUUUCAUUUUUAAGUUUUGAUUGCCUUUUGGAAAAUUUGUUUUUAAGCUGAAUUUCAAUUUAAAUGAAGUGCUUUGUUUAGUUGAUUUUAGUUUUUAUUUUAUCAGUUAUUAAUGUUUAUUUUUUAUUUUCUUAAUGAUAAAAAACGGGUAAAUUUUACUAUGUUUAAAAAUACCAUUGGAAAUACAAAAAGAUAAGGAACCUUGAUUGUACACGUAGCCUCUUUGGAAGUUAAAUGUUUUUACAUUUUUUAUAUCUUCAAGUGAAUCAUAAGUUUAACAUAUUAUUUAUAAAUCUUUCAGUUGUUCAAACAAAUAGUUUGUUGCCCUGUUAUUGAUUUGGUUAUUUUUUGUCGUUUGGUUACUAUCUCGUGAAGUUUUCCCACAUCUCGUUUUAUUCUGAUUUAUAAUCAUGGCACGAUAGAACAUCUACCAAUCAUUUAAGGUACGUUUUAAUCACGUUUUAAUGUUAAGGAAAUAUUAAGCUUCUCAAUGAUCAAAAUUAGUGUUUGUCAAACUGCUAUCUAUCCAAUGAAAUUUUUCCGAUGAAGUGUGUGGUUCAAGUUUUUUGAAUUUUUAUAUUUUUGUCAAAGGGUCAAAGUAAAUAUUUUGUCAAAAUUUUAUGAAAAUUAAACGAGCCAAACUAGUUUUAGUCAAGGUGUUUGGUACCACCUUAAAAGGAAACUAAAAUUCAUUCUUAAUGAUAUAGUGAUGUUUUAUAGGAAAGGUAGAUAACUCCUUAAAUCUGUAAUACGUAUGUUAUGUUUAGUUUCAUCAAUAAUAUAGUGAUGUUUUAUAGGAAAGGUAGAUAACUCCUUAAAUCUGUAAUACGUAUGUUAUGUUUAGUUUCAUCAAUAAUAUAGUGAUGUUUUAUAGGAAAGGUAGAUAACUCCUUAAAUCUGUAAUACGUAUGUUAUGUUUAGUUUCAUCAAUAAUAUAGUGAUGUUUUAUAGGAAAGGUAGAUAACUCCUUAAAUCUGUAAUACGUAUGUUAUGUUUAGUUUCAUCAAUAAUAUAGUGAUGUUUUAUAGGAAAGGUAGAUAACUCCUUAAAUCUGUAAUACGUAUGUUAUGUUUAGUUUCAUCAAUGAUAUAGUGAUGUUUUAUAGGAAAGGUAGAUAACUCCUUAGAUCUGUAAUACGUAUGUUAUGUUUAGUUUCAUCAAUCAGGAUUCAUAUGAAGCAGAAUGAAAAUAAUAAUUGUCAUUUUGAGGCUUGGAAUGUAUUUUGUUUUCAAUUGGUAAACACAAACGUAAUGUCGAUUUGUUUUCAUUUCUAUGGUAUUUUUAAACACUGUGUAUAUAUUUUGUUAUCUUAUGGUUGUUAUUUAUGUUGUUAUAUCUUAUUAUUUAAGCGUAUAUGGCACGUACACAUCAAAAUAAAUCGAUUACUACUUUU